AUGGAACAGAUCAGCCGUAUUAAAAUAGCACUUGGCGAAGUUGAUCUCAACUAUUUUAAAAGGGCCUUUACAGAUGGAAAAGGAGGAUUGUGGGACAGUACAGGAUCGCUUAUUACUGAUACUAUAAGAAAUCAAAGAAUGCGCCCUGCCAUUGCCUUCUACAGAAACCUACUUGAUGAUAUCCUCAAGGACUUGGAGGAAAAAGGGCACUCCGAAGGAAUUACUGCUGUCAAUGCAGCCAAGGAUGCACUAAGGGCCUUAGAUGAUGUUGCUAACCGCCUAUAUAUAAUUCUUAAAGCUACUGGACCAGACGGCACCGAGUUUCUCUAUUACUUUAGAGAGAUUGACAGGUCUCUUAAGGACUAUCCAGAACUACUCAAAACAUUUAGAGAUGCACUUGAGAAAGUGUUGCCACACGUCCGUGAAGACCUGGAGGUCGAAGUGAAUAAGAUGAAGGUCCCUUUGCGGCUUGUCAUUCGUGAGCUCUUGGAAGGUCUAAAGGAUGAAGUGAGUGGAACUAAGAUCCCUUUGGAGUUUGUCACUACUGAUCUCUUAGAUUACAGGGUUGAAGCCAACUGGAGCUUGUGUAAUUUUCCUCAAGAUCUAAAUGAAUCAGCCCUUCACGUCCUUCGACGAUACUUUUGGCAUGACAUUGAUGAGGCUUCUCUUUCCGAGACAAUGAAGAAUGAGCUGGACUGUUUAGAAAAGAUGAUCACCAAAGUCCCAGAGCCCCAUAGAGCGCAACUCUACGAGAUUCUUCGAGAUGUCAGGACGGCCUUUAACUCCCUUGCCCAAAAGCUCAAGGCUCUCAGAACAUCAUGUGCCCGAGUCAUUGAUGAUGUUGAAAGGAAUAGAAAGUCUUUUUCUGCUGCAUUCAGUGAACUAAACAGAAUGUUGAGUAAAGCAGAGAAAGGCCUGUCUGACCUGAAGGAAAGGAUCUCCGAUCUCGAAAGGGUCCUUCCCUCCUCUCCCCCGAUGAAACUAUGUGAACUCCUAUGCUUUAUGUUCAUUGCCAUUCUGGCCAUCCAUGCUUUUCUUCACCUUGCCGAGGAUAAAGACAGCAGGGUGAAGACAAGAUGGAACACUGCACUGUACUCACUAGCUGUGGCCGGGACCAUCAUGCACCAGAUGUGGGUACUGUGGGGGGGGGGUGGAACUGGCAUGAGGAUGGGACAAGUGAUGUGUUGA